GUUACGCUAAAGAUCCGGCCGCCGGUAGUAAGUAGUGUGUCUCCGCGGGUCUACGAAAUACGUGCGCCGCACAGGUGUUUGCGCUGCUACCAUAAUAUAAUAUUGUACACGUAGGAAAUGCACAUGCACAUGCUGUAACGAUACAUUGCAUAUUGUAGUAGGUACCCAACGUAAAUAAUAUAUUACCAUUACAACUAUACACAUAUCGAUUUCCACAACGCAAAAARCGCCCUGUAUCAUCGAUAAAAUACAGACACAUUCGUAAAGUGCACGGGAAUUUAUUUUUCGUAGUUCCGAUUCCGUAGUUUCCGACCGAGACCGCGUCGAGCGUGCGAUUCCGGGACCGUUUCGAUUAUACUUGUCCGUGUUCUCGCGACCAUCUCGCUGCGGAUAUCCGCGGUAUCCGUGUGAUCGUCGUCGAAGCUGUUACCCCGCUCACGCGCUAGUUAUGUGCGACCGGCAACGUGCGAAAAAUUACUAGACUAAAAGCAGCCACAUUGUACACGUGACACGAGGAAUAUGAUAGUUUUCGAGAGCCGGAAAAACGUUUGAUCGAUACGGUGGAACAGAAACCUACUGCGUUAGCGUUUAUCGUCACUUAUACCUACCGCCGGAUACGAUCUCUCCGGUCAUCGUCGCCGUACUAUUCAUCCAACUUGAAUCAGUGAUGCUAGAGAUGGGYGACAAGACCUCCGUUGCAUGGACCGCUUGGUGGAUCCUCACGUUUUCUUUCGUGCAGAGCACUGUGAGCGUUGGUGGGGGUGGAGGUGGUGGCGGUGCCAGUGACAUUUGGCCACUGGAGCGGCCCGAUGGUAUGCCGGUGAUCCAGUCGCUGGAGGUGAUGUGUGGCAAGGACCACAUGGACGUGCAUUUGCAGUUCACCCAUCCGUUCGAAGGGAUCGUGUCGUCCAAGGGCCAGUACGCUGACCCGCGGUGCGUGUACGUGCCACCGUCCACCGGCAAGACGUUCUUCACUUUCCGCAUAGCGUACGCACGGUGUGGCACCAAGCCUGAUCUCAACGGUCAGUUCUACGAGAACACUGUGGUCGUCCAAUACGACAAGGACCUACUGGAAGUGUGGGACGAGGCCAAGAGGUUGCGGUGCGAGUGGUACAACGAUUACGAGAAGACCGCGUCCAAACCGCCCAUGGUCAUCGCCGAUCUGGACGUUAUACAGUUGGACUUCAGAGGUGAUAACGUCGAUUGUUGGAUGGAAAUACAACACGGAAAAGGACCGUGGGCUCCGCCAGUUAGCGGUAUAGUGCCUUUGGGUUCUACGUUAACGUUAGUGGUAGCCAUCAAUGAUUAUAGAGGUGAGUUUGACAUGCGAGUGAAAUCUUGCGCCGCGUCCGACGGGGGUGGUCACGUCAUUCAGCUGACAGACGACCAAGGGUGUGUUCUAAGACCAAAAAUGAUCAGCGGGUUCCUGAAAGCUCGGACUUCAGACGAACGGGCGUCUGUCAUCACGUACGCAUUCUUUCACGCCUUCAAGUUCCCGGAUGCGCUCAGCGUGCACAUCCGGUGUAAGGUGGAGAUAUGUCGGCACGGUUGUCUGGACCACUGUCAGACGGAUGAACGUACAUCGGCCGGACAUUUACUUCAGCAGCAACAACAGCACCAGCUCCAAUAUGGGCCGGUGGAUAGGAAGGACCAGCAGAACGAUCGUUCGGACUACGUCCAAACAGUAACGGUCAACACGGACCAGCCGAGUGCUCAAGCGCAGAUGGCRGUGCACACUCCGUUUGAUACAACCAGUCACAAUAACAAGCCACAACCUGGUCAAAAUAAGGAAACACUGAACCGAGACGGUUUCCCGCAUGGACCACGGAACCUGGAAGACGGCGUAGUGGUGCCGUCAGACGACACCGCUGACGACAAGCAACUGCCAACUGCGGCGCCGGCGUCUUCCAAUAACGAGACAUCGGACGAGCAGCAGACAGAUGCGGGCUUCGCGCAAUGGCAGAGGCGCCGGCGCCGGCGUUCCGUGAACGUGUCGGACGCGGGCAACGCGGACGUGGGUGUCAGUGGGUUGUACGACGUUAUAUCACAAUCGGACCUGGCGUUCACGCCGRACACCAAGACGGACAGCGACGCGGUAACCAUAUUUCAGGGACGGAUCCGCGAGGACGUGGUCUACGGUAUAUGCAUGCCAGUGCACGGGUUCGGCGCGCUGUUCGUGAUGUUCGCGGGUUCGGCGAUCGUGUCCGUUGUGGUGGCCGGGUUCCAGUUACACAAGUACCAGGUGAGGCGGGAGACGCAAAAGAUGAUGUCCGUCCAAGCGCAUCAGCACAGUGUGGCCGCGGCCGCCGUAGCCGCCGGCGGUGGUUACAUACACAACUCGCUGGCCGGCAUCGUGGCGCUAAACAAACUGAUCGCGUCCAAAACGGCCGCCGCCACUGUCACUCAAACCAGACGAAACAGCUAAUCGACCACUAUUAUUAUUAUUAUUAAUAAUGAUAAUAUUAUAUAAUAUUAUAUACACAUUACUACUACGAUGACGACGACGACGAUUACGCUUUUCGAAAACAUACGUUAUUGUGACUGGAGUUGUGGUGGUGGGGGAAUCUAUCUCAUCAAAGUAUACUCGUUCUUUUUACUUAUCCAUCAUCGAACUGAAAAUAGAAAAACAUUAUUAUUAUUUAUCUUUAUAUUCUGCAAUUUUUUUCCAAGAUAAUUGUGCGACUAAAUUACCAGGGUCGUAUUUAGAGGUGUGAAAAACAGGAGGUAGUUUCCCCAGGUGGGUAUAAUUUUAAGAGUGUGAAUAUUUUUUUGGACAUUAAUUAUUAUAUUUUAAUAAUACAUUUUUUUUUUUUUUUUUACUCGAUUUUAUUACAAAAAUUGUUUUUUUAAACUGAUACUACGUUUUAUUUUCCGUUAAUUUGAUGGUUAUUUUUAUAACCGUCAAAUUAACUAGUUAAAUGCCUAAAUACGACCCGGGAUAUUAGUAUCGUUCUUCAUCGUUUAUAUUGAACAAAAAUACACAAAACAUACYGAAGUAUUAUAUAGGUACUCUACCGCCAAAAAUUGACAAGUAUUAAAAUGUAAUUAGAUUCUUAGACAUAAGGCUUUCAGGGUAGUCCACCACGACACCAAUUCUAUAUUUGAACUUCAUACACAUAUUACCACCACGUGCUAAGCGUAUAUAUUUUUAAAUACUCUUAUUGUGACUUUUAUUGUGAUGUAAUAUUACAGUACCCCAGACUCCAAUUAAUGCUCACAGCAAAUAUUUGAAAUUCAUAAACUGAAUUUAAUUUUACACGUUUAAGUAUAUUGUAGUAGAUGUAUACAUAAUAUAAUGGACUAUUAUUAUUAUUUUCUGAUAUUGCGUUUGAAUUAAGAAAAAAUAUUUUUUUAAUUGGUGCUAAAUUCUAAAACAGCAAUGGAUAAUAACUUGAAUAUAAUAUGCAUACGUAUUUAUUAUUUAAAUAUUUACUAGUGGAUUGUUCGAGUAUUGGUACACAUAGAUUACCGUUAUGUUUAAAAAUCUGUAAACAAACAAACUUAUUAGACAAUUCAUUAAUUUAUUCCCCUUUUAUAUCGUGCUUGAUAUUAAGUUUAAUUAUACUUGUGUAAAUAAAUAUYUAAAUACUGAAUGAUAGCAAUCAAAACUAGAUAAUUUUGUUAUUAUUUAUUAUAUUUUAAAAUUAAAUAGUUUAAUAUUGUAUAGUCAUGAAACUGGCCAGUUCUUCAUAAUAAAAGUUUAAGUUUUAUAUACAAAUUUAGCAAAUUUUAUUAUCUAGUAAACCAAAAUUUCUUGCGACUUAAAAAUUAAAUUUAUAAAGUUCGUUCGAGUUGUAUUUAUGACACAGUGUUUCGUAUAAGUGAAACACGAAGGUACAUUCAUGUAAAUGAWCAUCUUAUUUUUAAUUAAUACAUAUACUAUAAUCUAUAGUAUCAUAUAGUGUAUUAUACUAUUUCAAUCUGAUUUACAACACCCGUUGGCAUUUUUUUACUUAAUAAUUAAGUUCUUGUAAAUAUUUUAUUUUUAUUGUGUAUUUAUUAUUUAAUAUAUUUAGCAUGAAAUUGUUUUGCUCAGCAUUUUGAUGAGGGGUGAACAGAAUGAAAAUGGAACUUUUUCUUAAUAUUAAUGACUUUUGUAUAUUAUUGUCUGAAUUUAAUCUAUAGAAACUAAAUAAGUCAUAUAAUUUGUCAUACUAUUUUAAAUUUCUUUCAAUUAAGAAUAAAGUUUGUAAACGAACUUAUAUCUUAAAAAACUUAAAAAUAUACAUACCUAAUAGAUCAAUAUUUCUUAGAAAUACAGUUAAAAAAUAUAAUUAUUAGGUAUUGAGUUAUUCAUAAAAAUUAAAAGUUACAAAAUUARUAAUUAUCUAAUCCAUUUUUACUCUGAGCCUCACAUAAUAUUGUAAU